CUUUUCCCCCCUGCAGUCGUUGCAGUCGUUGUGCGGAGCGGGCCCCGGCCUAGGCCUAGACCGGACAGUACCUGGCACGAUGGGGUUUGUGAAAGUUGUCAAGAAUAAGGCCUACUUCAAGAGAUACCAAGUAAAAUUCAGGAGAAGGAGAGAGGGAAAAACGGAUUACUAUGCUCGUAAGCGUUUGGUAAUUCAGGAUAAAAACAAGUACAACACCCCAAAGUAUAGGAUGAUUGUGCGUGUUACUAACAGAGACAUCAUUUGCCAGAUUGCCUAUGCCAGGAUUGAAGGCGACAUGAUUGUCUGUGCUGCUUAUGCCCAUGAGCUGCCAAAAUAUGGUGUGAAGGUUGGCCUGACCAAUUACGCAGCAGCGUACUGUACAGGUCUGCUGUUGGCACGCAGGCUUCUGAAUAAAUUUGGUCUUGAUAAGAUCUAUGAAGGCCAAGUUGAAGUGACUGGAGAUGAAUACAAUGUGGAAAGUGUGGAUGGAAAGCCUGGUGCUUUCACAUGUUACCUUGAUGCAGGUCUUGCCAGAACUACUACUGGAAACAAAGUUUUUGGUGCUCUGAAGGGUGCAGUGGACGGUGGUCUGUCCAUCCCUCACAGUACCAAGCGUUUCCCUGGUUAUGACUCAGAAAGCAAAGAAUUCAAUGCAGAGGUUCACCGCAAGCAUAUUAUGGGCCAAAACGUGGCAGAUUACAUGCGUUACCUGAUGGAGGAGGAUGAAGAUGCUUACAAAAAACAGUUCUCCCAGUACAUAAAGAACAAUAUAACGCCUGAUGGGAUGGAAGAAAUGUAUAAAAAAGCCCAUGCUGCUAUACGGGAUAAUCCAGUCCAUGAAAAGAAACCCAAGAGAGAAGUCAAGAAAAAGAGAGUGAACAGUACCAAGAUGUCCCUCGCCCAGAAGAAAGACCGUGUUGCUCAGAAGAAGGCUAGCUUCCUCAGGGCCCAGGAGCGUGCAGCUGACAGUUAAGACAACUUCCACAAUUUUCUAUGAAGCUUUGGAAAAAGUGGCAAUAAAUUUAUUGACUAAGCAACUGUGUAAGACUGGCUUAUUAAUACAACUUAAAGAUAGGAAUAUUUUUUUAUAAUCCAGAUACUCUGGAGCCUUAGUCUUUUUUUUUUAUAUGAACUCAUUCACUGAAGAUAAGUGGUAAAGACAAAGCUACCACACUACAAUUUUUCCCCUAACAAGGGGAAAUAAUUUUGAUGAACUUAUAGUGUGAUUAGGUAGAAUUUGUUCCUUUUAACUAGAGGAAAACUUCAAUUAAAAAUAAAUAACCUUUACAGGCGCUUGAAAGUUUUUCUUUCAGUGUACAUAAUGCUAUGAGAUGUGUAUGUACCUUAAGGAAAACAAACCUCCACUGUAGGUAGCCUUAAGCUUUUAGGAACAUGAAUAGCAGUGUUUUUCAGACUGUGAAUGAGUAUAGCUGACAGUAAUACAUGUUGAAAUAUUGAAGAUUCCUCCACAAAGUGAAGUAAGUACUUACAGGUUCUGGCUGCUACUGAAUCAGGUACUAUCUUAAAAUGAAGUAUUUUUUAUUAUUUAGGGAUUAGACAAGAGAACUUACUCUGAAGUUGAGUAUAUUUGUUUAAUUAUAGAGGUUGUAACUUGCCUUAUUCUACAGCUGCCUGUGAAACUGAGAUGCUGAAAUUGAAGGCUUUCACCAAGUAGAAUACACUGAUGAAUUCUUUGUUUUAAGAUACUGAUAGGUGGGAAGUAUAGCUAUUGGGAGGGGGGGGAAAGGAAGCCUGUUAGUAAUUGUAAGCAAAAGUAUAUAUGUAUAUAUAUUUUUUUCAGUGACAGCUCAAGCUUGGCACAACAGCAAUAAAAAUUAAGGUUCUGUAUAGUAAA